AUGGUUUUAGCAGACUUAGGGAAGCGCAUCAAUAAUGCGGUCAACAGUGCGCUUUCAAACUCACAGGACGACUAUACCACAACGGUGGAUGUUAUGUUGAAAAACAUCGUGACUGCCCUACUAGAAAGUGACGUGAACAUCAAAUUGGUGUUUUCUCUUAGAAAUAACAUCCGAGCAACGCUGUUGGAAUCCAAGAGCCGAUCUGUGAACAGCGCUCAAACCAAGAAACUAAUACAGAAAACCGUUUUUGACGAGCUGUGUCAUCUUGUGGAUGGUGAGACACAGCCGUUUUUGCCUAAAAAACGUAAGCAAAAUGUGAUUAUGUUCGUAGGUCUGCAAGGUUCUGGUAAAACUACGUCGUGUACGAAACUGGCAGUAUACUACUCCAAAAGAGGAUUCAAAACAGGUUUGGUUUGUGCGGACACCUUUCGUGCUGGUGCUUUUGAUCAACUGAAACAAAACGCUAUCAAAGCUCGUAUUCCAUUCUACGGUUCCUACACGGAAACCAACCCAGUCAGAGUCGCUCAAGAAGGUGUAGCAAAGUUUAAGAAGGAAAAAUUCGAGGUCAUUAUCGUGGAUACCUCCGGUAGACAUCGUCAAGAAGAAGAACUGUUCCAAGAGAUGGUGGAAAUCUCACAAGUGGUCAAACCCAACCAGACGAUCAUGGUGCUAGACGCAUCGAUCGGGCAGGCAGCAGAGCAGCAAUCGAAUGCAUUCAAAGAAAGCUCGGAUUUUGGUGCCAUCAUUCUCACAAAGAUGGAUGGCCACGCCAAAGGUGGUGGUGCCAUUUCUGCCGUGGCAGCAACCAAGACUCCGAUAAUCUUCAUAGGUACCGGUGAACAUGUUCAUGAUUUUGAGAAAUUUUCUCCGAAAUCAUUUGUAUCCAAGCUUCUGGGCAUAGGCGAUAUCGAAAGCUUGCUGGAACAUUUCCAAACGGUUUCCAACAAGGAGGACACGAAGGCCACUAUGGAAAACAUACAACAGGGUAAAUUCACACUUUUGGAUUUCCAAAAACAAAUGCAAACCAUUAUGAAGAUGGGGCCCCUCUCAAAUAUAGCUAAUAUGAUUCCGGGUAUGGGCAAUAUGCUGAAUCAGGUGAGCGAAGAAGAGACUACCAAAAGAAUGAAAAAAAUGGUUUUCGUGAUGGAUUCCAUGACUAAACAAGAACUAGAAUCAGACGGUCGCGUCUUCAUUGACCAACCUAGCCGAAUUGUUCGCGUCGCUAGAGGCUCCGGUACCUCUGCGCUAGAGGUCGAAAUGAUUCUCAUGCAGCAACAGAUGAUGGCCCGCAUGGCGCAAUCGACCAAGGGCGGUCAAAGAGGACCCGGUGGAAUGCCAGGCAUGCCUGGUAUGCCUGGUAUGCCUCAAGUACCUGGAAUGCCUCAAAUCUCGCCCUCUAUGAUGCAGCAGGCGCAACAGAAAUUAAGACAGAAUCCCGGAAUGAUGAAGAAUAUGAUGAACAUGUUCAAUGGUGCUGGUGGACCUGGCGGCGGCGGCAUGCCCAGCAUGGAUGAAAUGAUGAAAAUGAUGCAAGACCCGCAGAUGCAGCAAAUGGCCCAACAAUUUGGUAUGGGAAUGUAG